AUGGAGCUGCGGAACCGAGCGACGGGCGCCUCGAAGCAGGGCCAGCGCGGCGUGGACGUGGCGCUGGGCCCCACCAUCUACAGCGGCGAACGCUACUCCAAGAUGAGCGAGCGGCUCAAGCGUCUGCACAAGAAGCCGUCCGAGGUCGCCGAGGCCAGCGCCCAGCGGGUGAUUGCGUUCGUGGUGGCGCUCGUCUUCGUGCUGCUGUUCGUGUUCUCGAUGAUGUACCAAGCGCACGUCCGCCGCUCCAACCGCAAGCCAUUCGACGCGUAA